CUUCUCUCUUUUGUAAAAAUGGCUAAUGUCAUUUGAUUGCUAUGAUUUUAUUUUUUUUAAAUUCAAUUCGAAUAUUUGAUAAAACCGGACUAUAUUUGUGCGGAGUGGAAAGUGUAGUGGAAAUAUUGUGUGGCUACGGUGAUUUAUUUAUUGCAAAAACAAAUUCCAUGUCAAAAAAGUGAAUUGAAUUUUUUCAAUUAAAAAUGGCUGUCGAUUCUUAUUCCAGUGAAAAAACCACAAAAUUUCACUGAAAACCAGACAAAUACAGUCGAAUACCAUUCGAUUCGUGUCAAAAGUUACAAAUUACUAGUGUAAAACCAAUAAAUUCGAGUGAAAAAAUACAAAAUUUCGGUGAAAACAGUGAAAACCAUAGUGGAAAACCGCCAGCAUCAGUCGCUAGGGGGUCAAAUAUAUAUAUCGCGGCAUUGUUGAUAAAUGGUUUUCACAGCAACAUAAAUAACGUAGAGUACGCGAAGUGAUUUUAUUAUGGACCCUGAAGAAAUCAAUCUCGAUGUUCUGACGGAUGAUUUUGAUGGUUGUUCGGAUGGGGAUGAUGAUGGAGAUGGAGAUUAUGAAUUUAUCAACGAAGGCGGUUCCAAUCAACUUGCAGGAAGUUCAGGUGGAAAACCACAUUCGAUUCGUCGUGGACCCGGUCGUCCUAGAAAAGAGUUUUUACCCGGUCAACGGCAGAUAUCACGUGAAAAUCGUGUAGUAAAACGUGUACGUGGCGGCGGAAACGGCAACGGAUCUAUGCGUGGCGGCAUAGGACAAAAACGUAAAAUUUACAGUCAAUGGUCACAAAAUAUCGGUCUAAUGAAUCAAAUAGCUCACACUCAGGAUUCAUUUUUGUCGGGACUGUUGCUAGCAUCGCCCGUCGACGAAUCUUCGAAUAAUACAAUGUUGAGUACGUCGAGUACACCGUCGACGCCGAUCGAUCACGAAAUGAGUAUGGUGCCAUUUCAAGCGUCUGAAAAGAUAAUGCAACCACCCGAUGAGCCUCCAUAUUUUCCGGAAAAGUAUCCCGGUAAAUUGUGCGUUUUAUGUUGUCUCGGCGAACGAAGUCAACUGGGACAAGGUGAAAUGCUCCGCAUCGAAGUAAACGAAUCAGAAGCCGACAUCGCCUCGUUGAGCUCAUCUUUAGAGGACAGACAAUCAGCAUCGAUGCAAGACGAUAAAAACCAACGGGGUUUAACUGGUCCACAAUUGAGUAAUCGGCGCCAGAAGGGACUGAACAAGUGCAAAAAUCCUGUCAUGACAUCGGAAUACGUCGACGAACUUGAAAAGGUUGGCCAUCCGGAGUCAAUAGAGUUGGUUCAGUUACACGAUUGCGGAUACAUCUACGUUCACCGGUCUUGUGCGAUGUGGUCCAUUAGUGUCAUUCGUGAUCCAUCUGGAACAUUGGACAAUAUUCCAGCAGCAGUUUCGUUGAGUUUAACUAGAAAAUGCACCUUCUGUAACAAAUUUGGCGCGAGCACAUCGUGUAAGAUGUCUUGCCCGAAGUACUUUCAUUUACCUUGUGUCGCCGCUUCUGGUGGAUUCCAAAUUAUUCAAAGUUUAACCGUCUUCUGUAAAGAGCAUCUUGGUCAAGUGCCGUUAGUCUGUACCGAGGACAUAAAUUGUCGCAGUUGUCUCGGAUUGGGCGAUGUAUCGAAUUUAAUGAUUUGCUCCAUGUGUGGCGAUCACUAUCACGGGUCUUGCAUUGGUGUUGCUCAGUUGCCAGGCGUUCGUGCCGGAUGGCAAUGUAAAUCGUGCCGACGAUGUCAAAUUUGUAGAGUUCCUGAUUCUACUGAGGGUCGUUCUCUGGCCUGCGAACAAUGCGACAAAACUUAUCAUGCCAAUUGCCUUCGACCAAUAAUGACUUCGAUACCAAAGUAUGGAUGGAAAUGCAGGUGUUGUCGAGUAUGUUCGGAUUGUGGUUCACGUACACCCGGAGCAGGAACGUCUUCAAGAUGGCAUGCUCAUUACACUGUUUGUGAUUCGUGCUAUCAACAACGCAAUAAAGGAUUCUCGUGCCCCAUCUGUCAUAGAGCUUAUAGAGCAGCCGCCUAUCGAGAGAUGGUCAAGUGUAGCAUAUGCAAUAAAUUUGUUCAUAGCACCUGUGAUGCUGAAGCCGAACUGUCGGCAUACCACGCGAAAAAGGAAAUGCAACCAGAGUACGAGUACUCAUGUCCGCCGUGUAAAACGUUGGUACAAAGUGGACGAAUUGCAGCUACAAUGAGACGCAACAGCAGCAUCGACGAGGAGAGCUUAUCGGCGUCACAGGAAAGUCUUUACACCGACGAUGUGCCCAUGGAAACCGAAAGUAGUGAAAAAUUGCCGGAUGUUGGUUUGGGUAAAGGAAAACCAUUUGUUGCCAGCAAAGAUGCUAAAAAACGCUUAGGCCUACCUAUUGGACAAACUGGUGGUCGGCCGAAGGGUGUCGGAAAGAUACCGUUCCAAAAGCGACAACGUUCGUCCGACCUUACACGCAAACGUGGUGCGAAAACAAAAAUGCGUGGAAUAUUCGGUGUGCCUGGCUUGGGUCUGCAACGACCAACUUCGGAUUCAACGAGUAAAACAGACGAUGAGCCUGGCGUUGAGAAUCGUUUAGUUUUGUGUUCAGCCAAAGAUAAAUUUGUGUUGACUCAGGAUAUCUGUGUGAUGUGUGGUGCCAUCGGUACCGACCAAGAGGGUUGUCUUAUUGCGUGUGUUCAAUGUGGACAGUGUUACCACCCAUAUUGCGUUACUGUUAAAGUGACCAAGGUGAUUUUACAGAAGGGAUGGCGUUGCUUGGAUUGUACAGUGUGCGAAGGAUGCGGUCAAAAACACGAUGAAUCCCGACUGACCUUGUGCGACGAAUGCGAUAUAUCUUAUCACAUUUACUGUAUGGAUCCACCAUUGGAUUUUGUUCCGACGGGCGUGUGGAAGUGCAAAUGGUGUGCCAUUUGUCAAAAAUGCGGAGCAAAUUCGCCAGGUUUCAAUUCCAUUUGGCAAAAUAGUUACAGCGAGUGUGGGCCAUGUGCUAGUCAAACAAGCUGUGCUUCGUGUUCCGAAGGCUAUGCGGAUGGAGAGCUUAUUAUUCAGUGCACACAGUGCGAAAGAUGGCUACAUUGUUCGUGCGAUUCAAUCAAAAAUGAAGAUGACGCCGAAUUAUGUUCAGAAGAAGGAUACACAUGCCUAUUGUGCCGUCCACGUGAUCUUCUUCCGCCACACUUAGUUCCGAAGAAGAAAGCUCUCGCAAUUUUACCAGCACCGCCUCCACCACAGAAAUCACAACCCGCUGCGAUCAAAACGGAAGAGUCAAGCGACUUAAAUGCUGCCUUAGGCUUAGACAAAAGCCGUUGCGUGGAUGGAAUUUGGCUCAGCGAAAGAGGACAGGAACAGAUGCGAUCUUUGCAGGAUCCUUUGAAAGAAAGGAAAAAGCGAAAAAACAAACUGUUGAUGGUCGAACCGCCUCCUGUUAUGUCGUCUUGUCAUGUCAUGGAUGCUAUUGAAUCCGUUGUGGCUGGUAGCAGUUUAAAUAAUUCCAUGGACGAUGUGAAAUUGGAACCGUUGGAUCCGCGAGAAGAGGCAGAAAUUUACAAGGACGGAAUGGUCUGGGACAAAUCUGAAUCAAGUCCACCGGAAGGAUUCACUUUGUGCACAAACGAGCAAGGUACAGUGGUUCUGCGAAAGAAACGCCAGAGAAAUUUACAAAAACUGGGAAUUGGUGGAUUCAAUGUUCGCAAUCGAACAUUCCGGAAAGACGGUCCGAACAAAGACGAUGGUGACGAUACGAUGGAGCAAUCGUCGAACCAUUGCACCGACAAUACCGAUAAAAAGAAGAAACCCGCACGAAGAAAGCCGAAAAGUAAGCUGACCGAAACAUAUCCUAGCUAUUUGCAAGAGGCAUUUUUCGGUAAAUCUUUGCUGGAUACGACAAAACCCAAAUUUGAAUCGAGUAGUAGCGAGGACGAAACUAAGAGCAACGUUUCGGACGACAAGACAAUCAAACUUUCGAUGGAAGAAUUGAAAAUGAUCGAGGCAAUGCGUGCGAAACAGCAACAGCAACAAUUGCUCGAUGAGCAAAAGAAGGUAGCAGCUGCUACAGCUGCAGCAGCCACCAAUAACCAGAAUGUUCAAAUGAAAACGGUGCAGCAAGCUGCUCCCAGAGUGACCAACAUUAAAUUGGAUCCGUCACUAGGUUUAGCUGACGAUAUCGACAAUAGCGACACAGAAGCUCUGAAGGAUAUUUUGCCUACUGAUUUGCUAGACAACGAUCUAGUCAGUCGAAUUAUGAAUGAAGACGAGGAGCUCACAAAGAAUUCGAGUACAUUUGACGAUAUAACCGAUGAUCGGGAACUAUCCAAUCUCGAACGAAAGGAUGAACUCGCCGACAUUCUUAGUCCUCAUUUUAAUCUAGAAUUUAAGAUGGAUGGCAAUGAUGUGGAGGAAAUUUUCAAGGGUGUUUUAACCGAUGAGUCACAGGAAUCUCAGGACCAAUUAACUCAAAGCCUUAACAAACCCGUCAUGAACAAUGGUAUGCCCCAGAUGGACAUGUCACCGAAUCUAAAUAUGGUGACUUCGUCCAAUGCGAAUAUGCAAGGACAACAAAUGAUGCAACAACCGAUGCAGUCUCCCCUGAUGUCUCAUUCGCCAAUGGGAGCAAGCAAUCCCAUCGUUCAACAAAUGAACCGACAACAACCUCAACAAAAUCAACUACAAAUCGGUCAACCGUCAGUCAUGAUGCCUCACCAGCAACCGCAGCAAAUGCAAAUGAAUCCAAUGGCUGGCGGUAGUAAUCCAAUGCAACAGAGACCGCAACAACAACAGCAGCAGCCGCAGACACAACAGCUACAGCAACAACAGUCGCCACAACAGCCACAAAUGGGGUACCAAAAUUACUAUGCCAAUUUCGGCAACAGCAUGCAAUUCAAUUCCAAUUAUAACGACCAACAACAGUGGAAUGCCAAUCAGCAUCAACCGGCCGCUAUGCAGUCUCCACAAAUCGAUCCAUCCGGUCUGCCUUCGACGGCUGGUGAUGAGAGUCUGGGAGCGGCUGCUUCUGGUGCGGCUAGUAAACAGAAUUCAACCGAACGUAUGAGGCAAGAUGAAGGUCUCGGUGAAAUGGCUACAAUAUCCGCGGUUCUAUACGCGAACACAAAUCAUCCCGAAUUGAAAGCCACCUAUCCGAACUGGACAGAUCGAUGCAAACAGAUACUGAAAAAAUGGCGUGCCUUACAGCAGGAGAAAAAGGCACCGUUCCUGCAACAAGCUCGCGACAAUCGAUCAGCGUUACGGAUGAAAAAGGCCCAACAGGUACCGCUCAUGUCACCGAAAGAUGCUGCCAUUUCAUCUUCACCUGCACCACUAACGCCAUCAACGGCACCGACAUCCAUUGGCGAUCACAUGUUAUCCGAUCAGUCGCAGCGGAUAGACGUCCAACAAUCCCCACAUGUUCAUCAUCAAUUAUUUGAGGUGCAAGGAAAAUCUGGCGAUGGCAAACUAGAUGAAUUAACACAAACUAAUCAAACUAGUGCAUCAAUUAAUUCUAACACCACAACCACAUCCCUAACUUUGACAACAUCAACUAACCCAGUAGACUCACAUGUCCCGAAUGACAAGGAUCAGGAAAAAAUUAACUCUCAACAGAAGAGUCUACGCGAACAGGAGCAAGAACGACAAUGGAAGAAUUUACAGGCCAUGCGUGCUCGUGAACAGCAAAUGCAACAAAUGCAGCACAUUAACGGUGUACUACCCGAACAGAAAAUGCAACCAGACAUUGACCCUUCAACUCAAUUGCAAAUAUCGACCAAUUCGAAUGACAUGAUGGGACCGAUGGCAAGUCCAUCGCCGAAUUCCCGAAAUCAAUUUGCUGCACCCGCAUCAAAGAAUCAACGGAUUAUUGUUGGUCUGCCGAAUGCCCAAAACAAUCCGGGUGGCUUUCAGCAUCCAUCGAUGUCGCGGCCAGUUUCGGUGCAAAUACCACGACCUGGUCAAAUGCAGCAACGUGUCAAUCAGAGUCCGUUUUCGCCACAGGCCCAAACACCGCAGUCACCGCAUGACCAGUUUCCGUUGUCGCCAGCUCAGACCUCGAUUGAUCCGUUUUCUCGACCACCGUCUGAGAAUUCACAACAGGAUCCGUAUCUGAACUCUCCUCAAACACCGCGUUCCUUCGACCAUCAAAGUCCGAAUCCGAAUUCGAAUCACAGUCCUGCCUAUUCAGGUCAAUCGAAUCAAUUGAUUCAAACCGCACCAAAUCAACAGACUGCCAUACGAAUGGGUAUGGGCGCUGGUGGAUAUGCAAAGGCUCCGGGAACACCGCGACCGCAUUACGCUACCGAUUCAAUUCGGCCAACAGUGUACGCGUCGACUGCACUUUUCAAUACAGCUCCAAAUUCGCCGUUCACAUCACCCAGGAACGACCAAUUCCAACAACCACCACAGCCGCAAAGUCAGCCGGAGAACAAUCGUCAGCUACGAGAUUUAUUGCAACGACAACAAAUGAUUACACCUAGCAUGCCAAUGUCGACGGGUAAUCAACAAUCUCCGCUUAUGUCGCAACCUACUCCACAGUCGCCACGCUGGAAUAAUGACGGAAUGGAUGAUGGUUUGGCUAUGGGUAAUCGAAACGAAGUGACACAACACAUUCAACAACAACAGCAACCGCCACAACCAGGGCAGCAGUCUGGAAUGGGACUGCCACAACAACAGCAGCAACAACAAACCCAAUCAAACAUACCGGAUGCGAAUACGUUCCGACAACCUCUUCCACCAGGCAUGAUUUCACGACCACAACGUAUGAACAUGCCUGCACCCAUAAUUCGUCCAGGACAACAACAAAUCGUGCAGAAAGGAGCUCGAAGCAUAAUUAUGACAUCAGAUCUGCGACAACGUUUCAUUCGACCUCCAGUUGGUGGAGUCAUUGCGUCGGGUCAACAAGUUAUUGCGCAACAACAAACUAUUAUACAGCAACAACAACAGCAGCAGCAGCAGUCAUUUUCACCACAACAAUCUCAGGCCGUUCGAAUGCAAUCGAACAUUGUCAAUGUGGUCAAGUCAAAUGAAAUGCAACCAGGCCAAGUGAUAGGACAAAGAUUGCCACAUCAAGGAAUGCAAUCCAUUGGUGGUAUGUCGCAGGGAACUGUUGAGACUGCGGUUCCUCCACCAGCUGAUGCUGAUACACAAGAAAUUCCCGACAAUGUCACAGCUGAAUUGGAAAAACUCGAACAUGAAAAUGCUGUUAUGAGCGAAGUAGAAGGAGUUGGUGAUCUGCUGGGUGAUUUGGGUGAGGACGAUGACGAUGAAUUACUUAACUCAUUAACCGCUGAAAUGGGCGCUGACUUUAACAUACUCGAAUAUGCCGAUCCCGAAUUGGACACACUGAACGACGGUGAUAAGGCUAAUUUAUUGGACAGUUUAGACUUCGGCGAAGCCGAACCUGAAAAGGGAUCAGUUAAGAAAGAACCUUCGGAUCCUACCAAUCCAAACAAACCAGCUAGUACAGUUGAAGACUGUAAUCAGCACGUCGUUCCAAAUCAACAACCUAUGCAACAGCAAGCUUCGAUCAAUGUUAAUGUGACCGGUGCUUCGUCUCACGUCAACGUUCAGCAAACAAUGGGUGGACAGAUGCGACAACUUUCCAAUGUGCCAACGUCACAAAUUCAGCCUCAAGUCAGUCAACAGCAGAUGCAACCACAACAGGCCAAUCCUCAGUUGCAACAUCAGUUGAAUCGCUUGAAAGCCAUUCAGAUGAAUAAUCAGCAAUUACCACCACCAUUGCAACAAAUUCAACAGCAAAUGCAAAUGCAGGUUCAACAAGCAGCCGCGAAUGGAAAGGCCAUGCAAAUUGGAACACAAUUACAGACUAAAGACGGUACGAUCGGAAUCGUCACAGCAAAUAACACUGUGUCGCUGAGUCAUCCAAGUUUAUACAACCGAGGAGGACCGAUGCAAAAUCAACUCAUCGCUCAGCAACGAAUUUCCCAGCUUCGUCUUGCUAACCCGAACAUUGCCCAACAAAUUGGUGGUCAGCCGAGAAUUGUCUUACAGCAGCAACAGCAACAAGUUCGUAUGAUUAGUGCUGGUGCUCAACAGCAACCGCAAGUAGCACAACCUCCGCCACCACCGUAUCCUGGUCAACCACCACCGCCAUAUCCAGGAAAUAACGUUCCACAAACAACUGAUUCACAGUACAACAUACCAUAUCAAUCGUACUCGUUGGGGAUAAAUCCUGAAAAUCAGUUAAAUCAGCGACGAUCUUUGUUGCUGCAGCCUUUACUUUUGGAAGACCUUCUGGAACAAGAGAAACGCGAACAGGAACGUCAAGCCGGUCAGGUUACAUCUGUUCCGUCGGAUAUGCCAAUUCAACAAGACGCCAAUUCCGGUCUGCUAACCGAUCAUGAUUUCGAACGGAUGCGAGUCGACGUUAUGAAUACCGGUCCACAAGGAUUGCCGGCACAAGGACUUCUGCCGUUGCAGCAUCAAACGACAACACCACAAAUGAGUCAACAUGGUGGAAUUCGGCAGAAAUUUUUGAGCAGAGGAGUUAGUCAGCCGCAAUGGCGAUCGAAUAUGGCUGCGCCUCUACACACGCAAAUGGGGCAGCCAGCCAAUCAACCAAUGCCAGGUCAAAAUAGUAUGGAAGGCACUAUGAUACGUAAAGAAGGAUGUAGCGUACUGCUUUUCAACGCCAAUCUACAAGCUGCUCCACCAUUACCACCCGAAAAUAUUAUAACGGAACACGAUCGCCAAAUGCAAAUGGCUUAUGAGCAAUGGUUAAAUACACAGAACAAAGUAUUGACCGCUCAAUUGCAGUACUACGAAACUGAAGUGGGUAAAUUGCGUAAGGUCAGGAAAUCGUUGAACAGUAAGCAGCGAGCAUUACGAAAAACGGGUAACGAGUUAACCGAACAAGACGCAGCCGAAUUGACAAAAGUAUCGGGAGAACAAGCGAUCGUUCAAAAGCAGUUGGAAAGCGCUAGAAAACAAAGCAGACAGCAUGGUCUGCUGAUGCAAGACUAUCACACAAAGCAGCAGUCCAAAACGACCUCGCAAAUGAUUUCACCAAUGUCAAAUCAUGCGGGUUCCUCUCCGGCACAAAUAGCUCCACAAUCACCGUUAAUGUCUCAAUCGCCAUCUUCACAAUCGAUCAUGCAACCGGCUCAGUCGCCUCUGAGUAAUCCACUGUUGCAGCCGGCCAGAAGUCCGUUACAUUCGCCAAGUCCUUUGAUGUCACAGAGUCCAGGACCUGGCAGUGUUUCGUCCAUUUUGCAAAGUCCUGGUCCCGGAAAUUCAAGUAUGUCGCCAUACAGCAACAUGCAACCAUCGCCACGUAUCGGUACGCCGCAUCAACAAAACGAUGAUACGAGUCCUUUCAGUCCUAGUGGACCAGGACCAUCACAGUCACCGUCAUUAAGCGGACGCCUAACAUCUCCAGCUCCACGAAUGACCUCACCACAACACAGAAUCGGUACCGGGCAAAUGAUGGCUGGUGGUCGAAUGACAAGUCCAGUCAACCCAUAUGCACAGCAGGGCAUGGCACAAUCCCAAAUGAUGGUCAAUCAGCAACAGAAUCGCUUUAUUCGACCUAUGAAUAUGCAAGAUCGUCCACGACAAACAAUGAUGGCAAUUCAGCAACAGCAGCAGCAACAGAACCAACAAAUGCAUCAGAUGCAACAGCAGCAAGUACAACAACAAGUACAGCAGCAGCAACAACAGCAACAAGUGAACCGACAAAAUAACACAAUGUAUCCAAAUUCGCCGUCAUUGGGUAGUCCCCAGCCAAUUAUUUCCAAUCCACAACAAAUGAACAUGGACAACAUUCAAAAUCAACGUACCCUGCAACUGAUACAGCAACGACAAAUAAUUCGACAGCAGCAAAUGCUUCAUCAGCAACAACAACAGCAGCAGCAGCAGCAGCAGCAACAACAACAACAACAGACCAAUCAACAACAACAGCAGCAUAUGUCGUUUGUCGAUCAACAACAAAACAUGACGCAGAAAUCGCCAAUGCUCAGUUCGCAGCUGCAAAAUCCUCCAUCAUCACCGAUGCAAAAUCAUAACAUCCACUUUGGUGGUCAACAACAUCAACAGCAAGGUAUCGUUGGUUCACCACUGAUGCGACAGUCUUCUGGCUCUGGUGGCCCAUCUCCCAUUUCGAAUUCGAUGCAACAACAGGACUCUUAUAUGCAUCAACAACAGUUCAUGCAGCAACAACAUCAAAUUGAUAACCAUCAAUCGAUGAACCAAAUUGAUCCUACAUCGGGCGGAGGUGGUUCGGGAAUGCAUCACAAUGUCAUUCCAUUGCCACCAUCAUUUGCCCGUUAUGGUUACAUUAAAUUGGGCUUGUUCGGCGGUACGCCAAUGUAUACGAGCUUCGGUAAAGGUGCUAAACGAUUGCCGGCUCCUGCGGGAAGUGCUCCCGUUCAAUCGAAUCAAACUAGAAAAGAUCAUCCGAAAGAUACGCCCGCCACAAGGCCAAUUAUUGUGAAGAAAAAGAGUGUGCCUAUGACCAAGGCAACCAUUCAACACAAUAAGAUCACAUCGUUGGUCAAUCAAGAUUAUAGCGAAUUUGAUGACGGUUCGUCAACGGCCAGUUCGUCACCCGGAACAUCGUUAAGUUCAUUGAAAAAGGGUGGCGAUAUGCACGAUAUUGUUGUUAUCGAUAGCAGUCCCGAUGAGAAGAUCGACUAUGACGACGACAAUGAUAAAACUGUUGUCGGUACAGAGGUGUCGUUGAGUUCGGUGGCACAGAAUGUAGACGAUGGCAAUGAUAUGUCAGUAAUGUACAGUUCCACUGGUAACGAAUUUAUUGUGUCCAGUCCGUUGGAUGAAGUCGUCGAAGAAUACCCACUGUUUCCGUGUGUUGUUGAUUAUGUGGAUAGCGAUGAUUCAAUGAAACAUCGGCAGAAUCACGACGAUGACAAACACAAUGAAUUAGUGCAACUAGCUAGUCCUGGAGAAGAUGAACGCCAAUCCAUCACCAUUGAUAGUAGUGAUGAAGACGGGAAAAACAAGAAUCCAGAGUCACCCGAAUAUUUAGAAGAUCUGGCUACGACGACGUCCGAAGACCACUUUCAAGCGACCGAAGAAGAUUUGAUGUCAAUGGGCUCGGAAAUCAUCAUUAUUGAUUCGAGUGCAAAGACACCAGAAGAAUCCAACUUUUCUGUGUCAGGUGUGGAUUUCGAGGCGAUGAUCGACUCUGAAAAUUCGAAAGAUUCCAAAGACGACAAGGACAGUGUCUUAUCGCCGCCGAGCAACGAAACCGAAAAAGAAAUCGUUCCAACCACCAAAGAGCGAACAGUCAUUACCGUGGUUGUACCUCAACCGAGUCAAGCUUCCACACCAGCCACCACAGCGAAACCAUCGCAAAUAGUCACGUACAGUCGAUUGCCAAUGACCGCUUCUACAAUUGUAACAGCGAAGAAAGCAAACUUGCCAGUGUAUUCAACGGCUGCCGCUGCUGCGGCCCAUAAGAAAUUGCUGAAAGAUGCUACACAGACGACAGCCACCGUAUCGAUUGGCAAUAAGACGAUGACUGUUCCAGUAUUGAAAAAUGUUCCACUCACUCAGUCACACACCAAAUCGUCAGAGCAGGUCACCAAAAAUAUGUUGUCACAGCCGAUGAGCAUCAGUUUGGCCAAAGCACCAACUGUCAUCAAUGUUAGUGGACAGAAAAUCGCAACGUCGACCAUAGUGACGUUAUCUUCAUUGAAUUUGCAUAACACGAGUAAUGCACGGAUUGUUCAGGCUACAUUGCUGCGUGCCGGUCAACCGCACCAACAUUCAAUCAAUAUUCAAACUCAGCUGCAAGCCCAACAACAACAGGCUAAUCAACAACAAGCGAAACAGAACCAGAACAAACUCCUCGAAACAUUCACUGCGAAAACCAUGUCUCCGACCAUUACGUAUUCAAAGUUGUCAUCGCUGAAAGUGACCCAAGUGUUGCCGACGAAAAUAUUUGAAGACGAAUCCAUUUCACCCGACAGUUCAAUCGAACAAGACGAACCGGAUAUUUUGUCACCCGAAAUUGAACGUCUGGAUGCAUCCGAUAGCAACAGUAAAUCGACACCAGUACCAGCAGAUGUUAUCACGAAUGCUUGCCCGUCGCCGUUAUCGGCCAGUAGCCCAGUCAAACAGAUCGAAGUGGAUGAAAUGUUGUCCGAUGAUUGGAAGCGAACAUCUCCGGCAACGUCUAGAUCCAAUGACAGUAUUGUCACACUUCUCAAUGAGAAAUCUCAAGACUCGAUGGAAACAUCUUCUUCGUCGUCAGCAGCCAGCAAGGACAAACCGAAGCAACAAGGUGUUAUACCAGUACAUGUCAUCAUCAAAUCCAGAGAAUCGUCCAGCAGUCCAAUUCAAAAUCCAACCAAUCAACGAUUGAUGACAACAUCAACAAUGCCGCAACUAUCGCCACUAUCUCAACCCAACGAAAUUACGUCGAACAUGGCCAAUGUAUCGCAACAAUUGAGGACGAUAAUGUCGUCCAUAAAUCCCACCUCAACGAUAGUUCAGCAGAAAAGUGUAACAACAGAAUCAGCGUCUGGAAAUGCCGUUGAAUCGGUUAAUGAAAAUCAGGACGCAGCUAAUCGAUCGGAUUCUAUAAAGAGCGAUGGAGCGACGGUUAUUUUCGAGAAACCGAGAACGGUGACAUUGAUGGACAGUUCAGAGAGUUCUGUGGGUAAUGUUACACAGAAACCUGUCGCAACACAAUUGGUUGGCCAAGUAACAUACACUCCAGUGUCGGCAUCCUCCGGUGGAAAUAUUUUGGUUGUGAAACAGUUGCGUACACCUAAUGCACAAACAGCUGCAAUGACAUUGACACAAAGGCCAUCAGCUGUUGUGAAAUCUACAGUGUCCAAUCCUAGCUUUACAGUUCAAUCGGCACCAACUUCAUCUGUAAUAAUAAACCAGCUGAAUGUGUCAAGUGUCACAAAACCAUCAACAGAACCGAAUGUAUCAUCAUCAGAUACCGGUGAUCAAAAGUCGUCGAGCAUUGUCAGUAUUUUAAGCAGUUCAUCAGCUUCAAGAAUUUCGUACAAUGAUCUACAGUUUACAAAUCCGACGUCACAACCACCAACUUUAAUAAUGGCUACAACAGCUCGAUCAGUCGUAACGUCAACCCCAUCCAAUUCAUCUGUUCCGUCGAUGUCGAUGUCCUCGGCCAGUUCUACUCAAGCCAUACAGAAUAUACUUCAGUCGAGCUUACAAUGUCGACCACUCAGCGGCAGUAUAUUGGGAACGACGUUGAGCCAGCCACCAAAAAAUGCAACCACAUUGCUUCAUUCGCAAUUGACCAGUGCUCCAUUCAGACGAUCAAAAUCAACCGAUGAACCGCCUGGAUUCGUGAAAGAUGCCCCUGCUCAAAUACUCGGCAUCAAACGACAUAGUUUGGAAGUGGUAAAAGACGAAGUGAACGAUACAGCAGACGAAAGUGGCAAUAAAACUGAUUUGGAAAAUCGGGGCUGCAAAUUUUCCCACAUGGCGGCACCGCAAAUGAAAUCAGAAGAUUCGCAGAAUGUUCUGCUGAAGCAGUUACUUCAAAAUUCCGGAAAUAGUAGUACACCAUCACCAACGCCCAGCAAUACAGUCACUCGUCCGGUCACAACUGUACGGGCCCCAAGUUUGGGUGUCGUCAGUUCGUUGGAAGCUCAAUUGGCCCGUCCAGUUAUACCACCAGUACCGGCCACAUUAUCAUCGCUUCGAUCAUCUCCGCAGUCACUACACACGCAAACGGUUUCGACCACUUUUAGCGAUGCACCCAAAACUGUAAAUCGACCACACCAAAUCGUAUCCCGCGAAACGUCUUUUGUAUCGAAGCCCGUUACGUCAGCGUUGCAACUACAACAACAGCAACAACAGUCACAGACAUCAUCAUCAUCUGCUGAAAUGCGAAAGUGUUGGACACAGUCUAUUAUGAAGAAAGAAACGCAGCAAGUCAAUGUGCCAGUUUCUGGUGCCUCUGUUGCAGUUUCUUCGGCAGCAAGUGCUACCAUUCCUGAACCUCCACCACCAUAUUCAGUAGCAACUAAAAUGUUAGAGGCUCCUCAGCAACAACAACAAAUUCAACAACAACAACAGAUCCAACAACAACAAAUUCAGCAACAGCAGAUCCAGCAACAACAACAGUCUCAGCAAUCUCAACAACUGCAACAAUCGCAGCAAUUGCAACAGAUGCAGCAAUCGCAGCAAUUACAACAAAUGCAACAAUCACAGCAAUUGCAACAAAUGCAACAAUCGCAGCAAUUGCAACAGAUGCAACAAUCUCAGCCACAACAACAAUCUCAGCAGCAAGUGCAGUCGGCACACGAUUCACAACAAUUGUCGCAAUCUCAACAACAGCAACAAGUGAAACAAAUUGCUCCGACCAACGUGAUUAUCAAAAAGGAAAUCAACAUUUCGCAACCGAGUCCUAUAAUUCAGAACAGUCCAAGCACACCAUCUACUCCUACUGUGCCACCAGGACCGUCAUCUCAAUCGUCCUCCGAAAACAAACGUGAAUUUCUCGACGAUAACUCCCAGCAAAGCGUCACAUCCGAUCAGAGUUCAACCGUGAAAACCGAAAUUGUUCCGAAAGACGAACUGCCGGACGAAGAGGCUAUCGCAAAGGCGGCACAAGAAUCAGCUUUGGAAUUGAAGCGAAAGAAGCGACGCGAAUAUCAGAAAAAUCGCCGUCAAAUGCAAAUCUUAAGCAAAGAGAGCAUGAAUUCCACAACAACCAAAAAGAAGCAAAAGAAAUUGUCGAAAUUAGACGAGGACUACGAUUCGUUUAUCGAAAAUUUAAUGGUUCAGUUGAGGCUACUGCCGCCGAUGCAAAUUCUGGAACCGUUGCUGAGUCGCAACUACGGAAUAUGUCCGGCUUAUGGGACUGGUGAUUUGACAAAGUUCAAUACUGAGAAGGACUACAGUAUAGCUAAUGGCGAUCUGAAGGGAGACUAUGGAAUGGCCGAACUUUCCAAUGUGGCAGAUUUCUACAACACUCAACCGUUCGGUUGGAAAUCGCCAUUGAUCGAACAAGCAACCAAUUCCACCCACUAUGGAUUCUACGAUCAAGAAUUUUCGCCAAUCAAAUUCGAUGGUGAAGAAGAACCACGUCAUCACAAGUACGAUCAUGUGUCAAGCAAAGAACGUGAUGUCGAAACACCUGACACAAUCAUAAGUUCUUCGAGUCCCGAGUGUAUGAUAUGGGAAUCUGCUCCCAGUUUUCCAUGCCUUCGGCUCAUCAAUGAAGAAGAAUCGGAUGAAGGCGAUGAUGACUCAAUAGUCUACAAGAGAAUGUCACCGCAAAUUCCAAUAAUUGCACCGAUUCCCAUCCGUCUAAAGCCCGGUAUGUCGUUAAUCGAUCGUGCAUUGAUUGAAGGCAACAACAAGGAAAACGAAGGAUUGAAUGACGAACUGGGCAUUAAGUCGAGAUUCGGACCACCGACUCCGUUGAAAGACAAAAACAAUGUGACGGUGACUUUAACACUUACAUCGUCAGCUGCUGAAGAUAUUCUCGGUGUUUUAAGAGACCUGGCCAAUAUACUACACAUUCCGCCGCCGACAACAUAUCAGAUCGUUGAACGAACAACUACACCACCUAGUCAAAAGCUUGGCCUUUAUCGAACCCGAGGCAAAGACGGAAAAGAAGGUGCACCGAUUGACAUUCAAACAAUUUUGAAUGGCGCGGCUAAAUUCUGUCGUCACUGUGACGUAGUCAUUUUGAGUACGAUCAUCCGGGCCAAAGCAUCCGAAUUUCCCCUACUGUCCAUGAACAAUAACGAAUUGGUCAACGACUCCGACGAUUUGUACUUCUGCAGUAAAUCGUGCUAUAAGCAAUUCCAAUGGCGUCCCACAAGCAUUUUGGAAGACAAAUCGUUUGAAAUGUGUGGACCGGGAACGCGAACCUAUGACGAUACAAAAUUCAAUGCCGAUUUGAAGGAUCAGAAUGUUCUGCUGACCACAACAUCAGCUUCAAAUGAUCUGGAUGAAGAUGAUUUGAAGAUGGACAUCGAUUUCAACGAGGCCGAUUUGAAGGACGUUGGUAUUUACAUCAAAGAUCUGGAUAUGAAGCAGGAGAUCAAGGACGAAAUUGACACGAGUUUCGAAGAAUCGGUGGGUAAUGUGGACGAGGACCGCAAAAAGUCGCGUAAACUAUCGGAAGACGGACAGGAUGAUGCUCCGUCAGCCAAACAUCACAAAGGUAUGCGCUAUAAACAUUACUCGCCGAAUUGCUUCCGAUCGCCAGUGAAGUUCAAGAAGAUGAACGAAAGGGAAAUCACCGAAAUGCUCUUCAGAAUGAACAUAACAGUGACACCGACACCAAAGGUACCUGACGAUACAAGGAAAUGUAUUUUGUGCCAUCAGAUCGGUGAUCUAGUUGCCGAUGGUCCAUCGAGACUGCUGAAUUUUGAUGUUGAUAAAUGGGUUCAUUUGAAUUGCGCUCUUUGGUCGGAUGGUGUGUACGAAACGGUGAACGGAGCUCUAAUGAACCUGGAGGCUGCAUUGCAGGCCAGUUUCGUUCAGGCGUGUACGUUUUGUCAUCACCUCGGAGCCACCAUUAAAUGCUUCAAGAACCGUUGCAACAGCAUCUACCAUCUGAGCUGUGCUAUGAAGGACAAUUGUGUCUUCUACAAAAACAAAACGGCCCAUUGUGCCAUCCAUGCACCGAAAAGCGAAAAGGAUAACGAACUGACGACAUUGAGCGUACAGCGAAGGGUCUACGUUGAACGGGACGAAAGUCGACAAGUGGCGGCCGUAAUGCAUCACUCGGAACUGAGCAAUCUUUUGCGAGUCGGAAGUUUGAUAUUCCUGAAUGUUGGUCAAUUGCUGCCCCAUCAACUUCAAAAUUUCCACACAUCCAACUACAUCUAUCCGAUUGGAUACAAGAUUAUUCGAUUCUACUGGUCCAUGCGACGACCGAAUAAACGUUGCCGCUAUAUUUGUAGCAUCGCUGAAGUUGGUGGACGACCCGAAUUUCGUGUUCUCGUUCAAGAACCAUUCGAAGAGGACAUUGAAUUACGUGACGCAACGCCGAGAGCGAUUUGGCUGCGAAUCCUAGACCAGUUAGCCCAGCUGCGCAAAGAACACAAACUGAUUCAACUCUUUCCCAAAUACGUAAUCGGCGAAGAUCUGUUCGGUCUAACCGAACCGGCCGUCGUUCGCAUUUUGGAAAGUCUGCCCGGAAUUGAAACGCUCACCGACUACCGCUUCAAAUACGGACGAAAUCCACUGUUGGAACUGCCAUUGGCCAUAAAUCCUUCCGGAUCGGCUCGUACCGAACCGAAACCACAACAAAAUCUGAGUUGGAAAAAACCGCACACGCAACGAACCGGCUCUGCUAGCCAAAGACCUACAUUUGUUGCGUCCACGUCGGUGGUCGGCGAGGUGGCCUGUCCAUACAGCAAACAAUUUGUGCAUUCAAAGAGUUCGCAGUACAAGAAAAUGAAACAAGAGUGGCGAAACAACGUAUUCCUGGCAAGAUCUAAAAUCCAGGGGCUCGGACUGUAUGCUGCCCGAGAUUUGGAGAAACAUACUAUGAUCAUCGAAUACAUUGGUGAAGUGAUACGAUCGGAACUUUCCGAGCUCAGAGAGAAGCAAUAUGAGGCUAAGAACCGUGGCAUCUAUAUGUUCCGACUCGACGAAGAUCGAGUAGUUGACGCUACUCUAUCCGGCGGAUUGGCUCGCUACAUAAAUCACUCGUGCAAUCCGAACUGCGUCACCGAAAUGGUCGACGUGGACCGAGAAUGUCGGAUCAUCAUAUUUGCAAAACGUAAAAUCACCCGAGGCGAAGAGUUGUCUUACGAUUACAAAUUUGACAUCGAAGACGAUUCGCACAAAAUAUCGUGUAUGUGUGGUGCACCGAAUUGUCGGAAAUGGAUGAAUUAAAUUGGUUGGAACGAGAGAAUCGACGGAUGACCGUAGAACUAUUGACAAUUAAGAAAGACUGGUGAGCUUUACUUACCGUUAAAACGUUUAUGUAGGCGAAUUAUGCAAAGUGUAGGGAGAGAGAGAGAGAGAGAGAGGGAGUUUACUGUUGUGUUAAAAUCGAUUUUUCCACAAACAUUUUCGGCUAUAAAUUACUCUACAAACGUAAAUCAGAAACAAAAUUCGAAUAAUAAACUGGUAAAAGUAUAUCAAACAUUCCAUCCAUUAUCACGAAGACAGGUUAACGAUUGAGCUGCAAUUGAAUGUGAUGGACCGCGUCGGCAGAGUGGUUCCGAAUUUUAUUUUAAAUAAAAUUUUGCUUGACAAAAUCGAUUGUAACUUCACACCGAAUGUGGCACGUGUAAAUAAGAGACAAAACAAACAAGAAAAAAUUGUUUUUAAACUUUCAUUCUUUAUGUACAAUAACUAAUAACUGAAUCCUUCGAGAUCACAACUCUAAUGUUAUUUAAAGUGAAAAUGUUUCUUUCCUCAAAAAAAAAAUAUUUUUAUCAUCGAUCGACCUUUACGUAUUUUUCGUACAAUGUUGCACCUUUUUGAUAUAGCGGUAAAUGAGAGAGAGAGAGAGAUGUAGGGUGGUGAAACGAAAAAUCAUUUUUAUUUUUUAGAGAUUUAAGAACACACAUUCUCAUGGUGGAAUAAUUGCAAUUUAAUUUAAUUUAAACAAAAAAUUAAAAAUAAUUUAAAACAAAACAAAGAGAGAAAAAAUCAUAGAAGAAAUUUUUGUUUGGAGCUUAAUGACGCGACUAACAUUUAAGUGUUGUUUUUUUAUAUAAUAAAAUAAAAUUAGGAAAAAGAAUUCAAUAAAAUAAAUUGAUUACAAGUUUAAAAUAGUAAUUUAAGAGGAAUACGGUUACCUCAAGGGUUGUAAAUUAAAAUUAUUAUUUUUUUGUAAAAUACAAAACAGAGAAGAAAUACAAAAACAGAGAAGAGAGAGAAAUUAUAUUGAAAGAAACAAAUAGAAAAACAAAAGGUAAAAAUUAAAGUAAAUAAAAAAAUCAUUAUUCUAGUGUUAGACAUUAAGUGCAAAAGAGAAUCACACGAUCAGAGAAUAUAUU